AGCGGAGGAGCGUCAGUAUUCAUGAAGACAACAAAGUAUCAAGAUCGUGUAGAUGAGCAGGGAUAUCGAGCUAGUGAAAUAAACAUCAUAGUGGGAAUAUCAUUGGCUUGUUCAUUCGCUAACAGAAAGGCUUCUGGGGUGAUAUUCUGAGGUAUUUUGUAUCUGUGUCAGCGUUUUCAGUGUGAAAAUCGUGAAAGUUGUGUAACAAAGCCGACUGUCAAAAUGGCAACAUCCACUGAGGAGAGGACAAUUUAUGCUAAAUUAGAGGCGAUGAAAGACAUUCGGCAAAAGACGAUCCAUUUGGAGAAGCUGAAGAUGAAGAUUGUGCGUGAGGUGGAGAACAGCGAUGCCGAGGAGAAGUGCCUGGGCGAGUAUCGCCGUGAAAUGGAAUUGCUGCUGCAGGAGAAGAUGAGCCAUGUCGAGGAGCUGAGGCAGAUUCACGCCGACAUCAACACGAUGGAGAGUGUGAUCAAGCAGGCGGAGGAGAAUCGCUCACGAGCCCUCAAUGUGGCCAACAGGAUGCACGAGGAAUACGUUCCGCUGAAGACAGAGAUCGAUCACAUGCGGCGAGAAUAUCUAGGAUUAGAGCGCCUGCCGGAGCUGCACGAGGAGGAGGGCAGCAUAAUUGGGCCAGAUCGCUUCCAGGCGUUCUAUAAGGGGCCCUCGCAUGUUCCCCAUGGUGCCACGGGAGCCUCGUUCGCCCGUCCGCCGGUUUUGCCGCACUCUUUGGCGCCCGACGUGGGCGCAGCAUCGCUCUCGCCCUCGACGCCGUCGCAAUUUCUCGCGCCUACGCCCGUGAACCCCAUCAGGGCAGCCGCCCAGGCUGCAGCGAAGCCCGAUCUGCCCGCCAGUCGACUACAGCAGCCACACGCCAUCAGCAUUGGCCAUCCGACGUUCAGGUCUGAGUUCAAUGUCAGUUUGAGGCAACAACCGCCCCCAAUGAAGUCCUGCUUGUCUUGCCAUCAGCAAAUUCACAGGAAUGCGCCAAUUUGUCCUCUUUGCAAGGCCAAGAGUCGCUCCAGGAAUCCCAAGAAGCCCAAGAAGAAGGAUCACUAAACACGGAAAUCGGCAAACAUCUUAGGAUUAAGAGUACUUUUAGGGAUAAAAUGCGUGUUUCGUGUAGAAUUGAUAAUUGCUUUUCUUUCUGUACUUUCGUAUUGUACUUAUGGAAUAUGUGAAAAGAAUGUCUUUCAGGGCAUUCUUUCUGUAGUAAUUAAGGAGUUCGUAAGCCAAGUAAUUGAUAUACGAUAGGGAAAUAUUGUAGCUUAUAUUUCGGAGAAUAAAGUGAAGAAAA